CCGCCGAUGCAAAGACGCUUCUAGCAAACAAGAUGUCAGAAGAUGAAGAGGCUGGCCAGGGGCGUAAGAUGCUUGAGAGCCAGAUUGAUGAUCUUCGCGCCGAGCUGUUUCAAGUCCAGUCUUCUUUAGCGCGGGAACGCCAAUCUCGAGACGAUGUGGAGAUGAUCGGAGAGGAAAAGUACAAGGAGCUAAAGCGAGAUUUUGACUCGCUCAACGAGUCCAAAAUCACCAUUGAAAAGGAGAUAUCGCAGGGAGAUUCAGACCCAACUGCAUGAUCUCCGCCAGGAGUACUUGGAAUUGAAAGAAGCCAAAAUCGAUGCUGAUCAGGAAGCACAACGUACCGCCUCGCGCUUGGCCAUGGAACGGUCGGCUGGGUUGAAAGAGCAGCUUGACGCGAAAGACCGCCAGAUCAGGCAAUUGGAGGAAGAGUGCAUGCGUUUGAGCGAUGAUGUGGAACGUCUAAAGGUUGCUGCCGCAGACGCUAUUAGAUCGCAGCACGACCAAAACAGACAACGCCUUGAGCGCGAACUUGUGACCGUCAAAGGUCGACUUGCAGCCUCCGAAAACGAUAACAAGACUUUGUUGAACAAGAUUCAGCAAAAGAACCUGGAUAUCGCGCGUUCCAAUUCUCGAAUGGGCGACAGCCAGCGAACUCAGGCUGCAAAGGCCCAACUACAAGCACAGAAGGACAAACUAGAGAAGGAGAACUUAUAUCUUCAGAGCCAGCUCCAAGAGGCGCAAAUAAACAUCACUUCACUCGAUAAACAGAAGGAGAAACUUUCCUUGGCCCUUGAGGAUUUGAAUCACGAGAUUACGAGAGAGCACAAAACAAGCCGAAACGCUGAGAAAGUUUCAUCUUCUGUCAAUCUACAGCUUGCCGAUGCAAAUAGAAAGCUAGAGACAGAACGACAGCUACGCAAUCAAGCGCAGUCUAGCACUCGAGCGGUACAGAUGGCAUUGGACAACGCGAAUCGCGAACUCUCAGAUUCUCAUGGUCAGCUUAUGACUCUUCGUAAAGUCUUUGAUCCCGAGGCGGAUCUCUCUAUUACCUACGAAGCUGCAAAACCUGACAUCUCCAACGUCGUGGAGCUGGCUCGUCAGCUCGAGGCAGCUCAGCAGUCCCUACGAGUAGCCACCGAACGGGCCACAAGGGCCGAGACUCAACUCGACGGUGCACGAGAUCGCUUUGAGGGUGAGAUUUCAGAGAUCGAGGGCCGACAUACAAAUUCUCGGAGAGCUUUGCUCGAGGAGAUGAACGCGAGCCAAGUCAAUCAAGCAAGCUCUCGUCGGUCCCCAGAGCAUCAACGGAAGGACUCUGAUAACCGACGUCCUUUCAGUGCAACAACUACUCCGCUCCACCAGCGUCACCAGAGUAGUGCGACAAACCACUCGGGCCGAUCAGACCGUACUGUUGACUCAACAAUCUUCAAUCAGCGCAUGGAUAUGGCUACGCAACUCGAGGAGGUUGAAAAUAGACUUCAGAUGAGUGAGAUGCGGAACCGACAUCUAGAGAACGAAUUGAAGCGAUCGCCUGUCAAACAAACAUGGGGAGAGGAAAGCCCUUCUCUUCGACGACAGAAGAAACUUGAGGUAGAGAACUCUCGAUUACACAAUCUUCUGGACGACUCUUCGGCUCAGAUCUCAGCCCUUGAGCGCAGUAUCAGAUCAGGCCAACUCAGCUUCCAAGAAAUUCAGACGAAGUCACAUGAGGAGCUCUACGACCUGAUCCAAUCUCAGGAAGAAAACAGGCAAAUGCUGUCCCACUCUUGCGCGAAUGCGAGAUCCGAGCUUGCGGAUGCUAAGGCUACGUUCGACGAGCUCAAAAAGGCAAAGCAGACCGCCGAUUUGGAACUUCGCGACACGCUCUCAAAUCUCGAAAGCCUACGCUCCGAAAGAGAGCAAGAAUCGGCGAGCCAUAGUCAACUUCUUGAGGAGUUUUCUGACCUGCAAAUUCGGCUGGAUUCGGAGACCUCUAAACUUAUCGACGUCGAGUCAAGUCUAAAUCUUUACAAGUCGCGUGCAGACGAAUACUUUAACAAGCUUGAACAGGCCGAGAUCUCGGUCCUUAAAGCUACACGUGCUGAGCAAUUCGCCAAGGGUCAAGCUCGAGAAGCAGAAGAGACAUGUGCCAAUAUAAUGGCUGAACGCAAGCAGAUGGACGACAUAAUCGAAGACCUGCAGCGCCAGGCGCAAAAGUCCGAGGAGCGACUUGAGGAUGUGUCUGCGGAUCUAGAAGGAGCUCUCCAAUCCAAGAAGCGAUUGCAAAACGAGCUCGAAGACUACCGCAGCCAACGCGCGAUAGACAUCGAAGAUAAUGAAACUUCUAUGGAACAUACCCGUAAGACCUAUCAGCAUGAGUUGUCAAGCUUGACUCACGAGCUUGAACUUGAGCGCGAAAAUGUCAUCUAUGUUCGCGAGGAGAAUGGACGACUUCGGGAUGAGAUCGAAGAGUUGCGCGGCAAAUGGGACGACGAGGUCCUCAAUAGCUCCACCUGGGCUAAGGAAAAAGCCAGACUCGAAAUGACCCUUCAGGAUGUGUCCAACUCCCGCGACGAAGCCACAAGUGCGCAUAAUGAGGCCCAAACAAAGAUUGUAUCUCUGUUGACACAGGUGAACCAUCUUCGGAACUCUAUGGACAACGCUCUAGCAGAAAGAGACAACGUUAUCACCGAGAAGAAAACCCUGGAAAGACGCCUCGCGGACGCAUCGCAACGUCUCGACGAACUUUCGAAAAGCGAAUCGCCUUCUCUGCGCAAUGCGGCAGCCUUUGAUAAGGAAUUGUUAGGUUUGAAGUCGGACCUUGCUCAGCAGGAAGACAUUGUCGCUGCAGCUGUCGGCAAGAUGAGAAGGUCCGAGGCCUUGGCUCAGGAACUUCAAAAGGAUAUCGGAACAGAAAGAGACCUCAAUGUUCAACUCCACAAGGAGAAAGCUGCUCUUGAAAAGAGCAUGAAGGACUUGCAACUCAAACUCGUCGACCUUGAGACUCGAGGACAGGGAGGUCGUGCAAGUCAAGACGUUCGGUUCCUCCACGGACGUAUUCAGGAGCUCGAAAAACAACUCGAGUCAGUCGAGUCCGUCAGGGCCACUGAAUCGAAAUCAGUCCGCAAUGUGGACCGAACAGUGAAAGAUCUUCAAACGCAACUCGAACGUCGCGAAAAAGCAAAUGCUACCCUGGCGGAUGAUGUUGCUAAGGCUCGCGACAAGAUCAGCAACCUCUUGAAAACCAUUGACGAGUUGCAAUCUGCCGAUUCAACUUCCCAACUCAUGGCUAAGCGCGCCGAACGUGAACUUAAAGAGGAGCGCGAAAAGUCGGCUCGCAUCGAACGCGAACUCGAAGGCUGGAAAGGUCUCCGCGUCGAACGUAGAAGUGCUCUGGGUGUACCUGGCAGCGAUGGAGGGAGCCGACGUGUCAGCAACGCGAGCGCUCUACCAGGGCUCUCAGGAAGUAGUGAUAGGCCAUCGAGCAGCGCUGGUGGUCCAGGCAGUAUCAUGGCUGGAUCGAUCCGUCGUGAGCUCCGUAAGAUUAGUGGUUCAAAGGGUUUUUUGUAAAUAGGCUUGCCGCUCGCGUAGAAGAUGAAGUUGACGUAGACGAUGCACAGGGCUCAGCAGCGCCUGAAGAGAGAGGCAGAGUGCUAGAGAGGGGUGCGAGCGGACAAGCCGGUAAUCA